AUGGGUGGUGUUGUUUUGUGUGCUGUUGUGGUCACUUUCAUCCCUUUCGGACCCCGUGACGCAAACGCGCCGCUGCAAUACCGCAAUGAAAUAAUGUCGCGAAUGCAAAUUGAUGAAGGAGAACCAUCAUUCAAUUUGCGAUUGAUCGAAGCCGUAAAGAAUAGCCGAUGUUUGUAUGAUUCAAGUGAUCGACAAUAUCGAUCGCAUGAACACAAAAUCAAACUUUGGAAUCGAUUUGUGCAGUUUCUACAAUUCGAUGGUGAUCAUCAAGGGCUCUACAGUCGAUGGAAACAAUUGAGAGACAAAUAUGGAAAAGAAAAGAAGAAAAUGAAAACGAAUGGAAUCGCUUCAACAUGGCAAUAUUUCAAGCAUCUCACCUUUUUGGAUCCAUAUAUGAGCGAUCGACAACCAACAAAAACCUAUGUGACAAAUGAUGGGCGUUUAGAAGAACUCAGUUCCAUCGCUAAUAAUCCGGCAUUCAACCAAGAUCUGAUUAGUGAGGUUAAAAAACACACAUGCUUGUUCGACAUUCGAGAUCCAAAAUAUCGGCACAAUGAUUGUCGAAAUUUGUCAUGGCAAGACAUCAUCACUGCACUCGAUUUCCCUGGAAAUGAGCAAAUGAUUUACAAACAGUGGAAAAAGUUGAGAGAUCGAUAUGUUCGGGAAAAGAAACGGUUGCGAUCACUUCCACCUGGGGUCCACGAAGAAAGCUCAUGGGACCUCUAUGAUUUGAUGAAGUGGAUGGAUCCAUAUCUUGAUGACCGAUCAGUUAAUGGCAAGAAAAGAAAAGCUGAAAUCGAAAUUUCCGACGAGGAGUGGAUAGACGACACUCAUUACAUGGUUAUCGAUAAAAGGACACCUCAUCACAAUGGAGAUGUACUACUUGAUGGUGACAGCGCUUUUGCAGCAAGUGUUGUCAGUGAUUUGAGAUCUCUACCAGAAAGAGACCGGCAAAUUGCAAAAGAGCAUAUCGAAGACCUGUUACAAACGAAAAGUUUCCUUCCACAUUCGGGCUUCAUCCAAGACUCUUGU